AUUUUUAAUGAAAGGUGAAGGUCACCAAUAACGUGUAAUAGGCAGGACCCAGUUCGGCCAAUCGAAUUUCGAAGUAAAGGAGGCUUGGUCUGUUUUUUCUUGUCCCAUAUUUUGGACACCAAUAUCUUGUUGCACGGACGUCUGAAUAAAAUAAGAAAUUUCUAAAUAUGUCUGAAAAGGGUUGCCCAGCUGCUGUUCCCAGUCCUUUCCGUAACUGGCAGCGCCCAGACUUGCAAAGUAAAUGCACUUACUAUGAGGCUAAGUCCAUGAAAGAAUCGCCUCACAAUCACAAAGAACUAAAAACUAAGCCGAAGAUCAUGCCAAAUGUGCUGUACAAUAUUGGCAACACUCCGCUCGUAAAAGUCAACAGAAUAACAGCAGCCGAGGACGUCCACUGUGAUGUUUAUGCAAAAUGUGAAUUUUUCAACUCUGGAGGCAGUGUGAAGGAUAGGAUCGGGCUGAGGAUGGUAGAAGAUGCAGAGGAAGCUGGUGUCUUAAAACCAGGAGAUGUCCUCAUAGAACCAACCUCAGGCAACACAGGUAUUGGUAUUGCCUUGGCAGCAGCUGUGAAAGGUUACAGAUGCAUCAUAGUGAUGCCAGAGAAAAUGAGUAUGGAAAAGGUAGAUGUGUUACGAGCUCUGGGUGCUGAGAUUGUGAGGACACCAACAAGUGCAGCGUUUGACUCGCCAGAGUCCCACAUUGGAGUGGCUAAAAGAUUGAUGGAGGAAAUCCCCAACUCUCACAUCCUUGAUCAGUAUCGUAAUGCCAGUAAUCCAUUAGCUCAUUUUGAUGGUACAGCAGAAGAAAUCCUCCAAGCUUGUGAUGACAAGGUAGACAUGGUGGUAAUUGGAGCAGGCACGGGGGGUACACUAACAGGAAUCGCCCGUAAAAUCAAGUUAAGAUGUCCCAACUGUAAGGUCAUUGGAGUAGACCCUCUGGGGUCUUUGAUAGCGGAGCCAGAAUCUCUAAACAAAACCGACACAAGUUUCUAUGAAGUGGAAGGAGUAGGUUACGACUUUGUUCCUACUGUGUGUGACAGAAAGCUGGUUGAUAAAUGGUACAAGUCCCAGGAUAAGGAGUCUUUCAUUAUGUCCAGGCGACUGAUCAGGGAGGAGGGUCUGCUCUGUGGUGGAAGCUCAGGUUCAGCCAUGGCCAUUGCUCUAAAGGGAGUGAAAGACUUUGGACUAAAAAAAGGACAGAGAUGUGUGGUCAUUCUGCCGGACUCCAUCAGAAACUACAUGACAAAGUUCCUGAGUGACGAUUGGAUGAGCCAGAGAGAUUUCCUGGAGGUCAGGAAAUCAUCCAACUCGGCUGAGGAAUGUACGAGCGGAAUGAACAGGUGGUCCUCCUUAAAUGUGAGUUCUCUGCCCUUAAGAGCUCCACUGACCGUGACUCCAGCAGUUACUAUCCAGGAGACGCUUGACCUUCUAAGUAAAGAGGGAUUCGACCAAGUGCCUGUUGUCAAUGAUGCAGGUGAUAUAAUGGGAAUGGUGACUGUUGGCAAUAUGAUGGCACAGGUUGUGAGGUCAAAGGUCAAACCUUCAGAUCCUAUCUCCAAAGUGAUGUACAAACAAUUUAAAAUGGUAUCUAUGGCAACAAGUUUGGGUGAAAUUUCUAGAAUGCUGGAUACUGACCACUUUGUUUUGGUGGUUCAUGGACAGAGACAGUAUGAAGGAAAUAAUUUUAUGUCAAAGAAGCAGAUGAUAUUUGGAAUUGCAACCAGAAUAGAUUUGCUGAAUUUCAUCACAAAGCACCAAAAACUGGAGGACCAGUGAAUGGAGACAAGGAGUAAAUGUGAAUUCCUGACCACGUAAUACAUGUAUAUUCCCUGUCUUCUGCAAUCUAAUUAAAAUUAGAUGUUAGAUUCGCUCACAUACUCGCUACACAAACAUCUAACAACAUCCCACAGAGGGUCACGUCAGAGGUCAAAUUUGCAUGAAAAAUUAACCAAUCACUACAAAGGUGGAAUGUCAUUGGCAUCCAAUGAAAAUCCUCAUUAUAUACUGUAUUUGGUUACUUAUCAAAGAUGGUGACCGAUGAAGAAAUGGAAGCGAUUAAAACCGCUUUGAAUAUAUUUGAUCUCGAGGCUUUGAAAAUGAACAAGAACAGUUACUAAAAUGUCAUCUUUGCUGAAGUAUACAUGAAAAGAUCCCCCGAUGUCGCCAUAGUUUAAAAUUUAAACAAAACACGCGAUAAAUAAGUCACGAUCGUGGGUGCCGCCAUUUUUUUCUCUUCCUUGCGUAAACAAUACAUGGAAUUGUGGGAUAAUACCCUAUCGAUAUUUAGGGGGAAAUUUGAUUAGCUGUUGCAAAUUUGACCUCUGACGUGACCCUCUAUGGGAUAUUGUUAGAUGUUUGUGUAGCGAGUAUGUGAGCAGAUCUAACCUCUAAUUUUAAUUAGAUUGUGUCUUCUGUAGCCCCUAACAUGUAACAGGGUCACCGAGUACUCAUUGUGUUCCUGUAGUUAUCUCUUGCUUUCAUAGCUGUUUGCUUGGUCAUUCUCAAAAUCUAUUAUGAUGACAUUUUGAUUUUUUUUUUAAUAUGGAUUAAGGAAUUGUUAUUUGUGACAAAUUGAAUGUAUUUGGAUACUUUUGUUAAUUUGGGGAAUAUAUAUUGGAGAUCAUCAAAAAAAUAUAAGUCAAGUUCUUAUGAAAUGUGUUUAGAUGUACCAAGACACGUUAUACAUGCUGUAUACAAGCAGGUGAACUUUUAUUAUUUGGGUUUUUUAUGCACAAGAAGGAUCAUGACUCUUGUUAAUGUAUAUGUUGAGGAAAAUUUGAUAACAAACCUGAAAAUUUCAAAGAGAUUUAAACAUAUAUGACUUGUACUAUUUAAAGGUUUAGAACAAUGUCAGAAUAAAAAAAAAACACCAGCAAAAUAUAAUUUCAGUUGGAUAAUUCAAAAACAUUUUAAUACAUGUAUGCUGCACCAAACUCCUGUAGACUAGUGGCGAUAAAAAUAGAUUCAAUCAUUUAGCGAGAGUUAAUCAGGAUGGAUUGACAUGUCACAAUUUUAAGGAAAAUGUUGAAUCACUGCAUGCAGACAUUCCUGUUGAAAUUAUUACUCAUAAAAUGAAAUGUUCAUUGAAUAUAUAUUACUCCCUGAAACUGAUAAAAUGAAAUACAUGUAAAAAUUACAACUUAAAAACUGAUAUGUACAUUGUACAUGUAUAAAUGAAAGUUUAAUGAACUUGUAGGAAUGUAUACUGAAUUUGUAAUGCAGUGAAAUCUGUCUAAACCAACAUUGUUUGACAAAAGAAGAUAGAGAAUUUUUCCAUUCCAAAUAAUGAUUUGGGUUGGAAGUCAUGAAUAAACAGAAAAUACAUUUAAGUUACAGAAUAUACAGGUUUAUUUAGUACAUAUAAUGAAGAACAAACUCAUUUCUGGUUGUGUCUGAUUUUUCACCGUUUGCAUAAUAACUGUAAUCAUGUACUCGAUAACUAUGCUGGUGAUACAUGUAUAUAAACAUAGCUAAUCAAACCGUGUACGUUUUAAUCUUUAUUUGUGUGCGCAUACGAAUCGACACUAAUUUUGAGGACUGUAUUUUAGAAAUUGCUUUGUUCUUUGUCUAGUAUGCCUGUGUGGUAUUGUUUGGUGUAUAUUAUAAUGAAAAUAUCAUGCCGUGUUGAUAUUGACUUUAUUAAUUCAAGAGUUCAAUUUUUUGUUUUUUACGCUUUGUUAUUGUAUAUGGGAAUAAUAGAUCUUAAUAUGUGUGAAUCUCAUUAUUUUAUAUAUCAUGAUACAUUCUUAUUUGACAAAACUUGCAAUAUACUUAGUCUUGACUCCAAAAUCUUUAAACAUGACCAAUUCUGGAAAGUAUAUACCGGUAUACCCUAGUAUAAAUACAAGGGGUUUUUUCCUUCAUUUUUUGAAAGAUGAAAAUGUAUUUUUAUACAUAUUUAUCUACAGUAUAUUAUUAAUAUAUUAACUUACAAUCGGCUUUGCUUUGCAGGCUUUAGUUGCAUAGUUUUUUGGGGUUUUUUAAACUUCAAAUUAUUUUUUGUACUUCUUUAAAUUCAUAUUUUGAACAUUCAUUCAGAUUUUAUUUUCUGACUUUGUUUGAAUUUAUUUUUAAAAUUGAGAAAAGAAAUAAAAUGGUUGCAGUCUUG